ACAUACAUCAGUAUAUAGCAAUUUGGUAUAAGUUCGUUUAGUUAUACAGUACCAUAAACUUUCCAAUCUAGUAGAAAGCUGAAACAAGUGCUGUUGUAAGAGAAGUGGAAAUAAUGACGGCCAGACCGUGGUUCGAACCCUGGACAUCUGAACACUAUAGCUAGCCAGAUGUUACUACCAAUUGAACUCGUGUUUGCGGGCAAACAGGUUCGUUAGUUUUUAAAUGUAAUAUUUCAAACUAUCUUGACGGACCUGCAAAUGUUAAUACAGGACUUGGAAGUCUUUUUUAAGGCUUGUCUGAAAACGAUAUAAAAUCACCAGGUCCGUCUUUAUUUCAUUAACAUUCAACACCGGUCCAACUGGUCCAACUGUUUGGACUCCAAAAGCGAUAAUGGCCUUAGUUGCCGUUGAUCAGCCCGUUCCAGUUCCACUACACUGUAAGGAGAUAAUAGAAUUUCCAGUUGUGAUGCUCAAUACAGAGACAUUGGCUACAGAGGCUGUAUUUCAUCAAUAUGUCCAGCCACGUGUUCACAAUCAUCUCAGUCAUUUUUGUACAAAUUUAACGGGAAUCAUCCAGGAGAUGGUUGAUGGACAGGACCACAUAGAAGAUGUAUUAAAGAAAUAUGACAAAUGGAUGGAGGAGAAAUUGCUGAGUAAGGGUCAUACAUUCACUUUUGUGACUUGUGGUGACUGGGACUUAAAAACAAUGUUACCAAGUCAGUGUGAUUACUUCAACAUUAAAAAGCCAGGAUAUUUUAAUCAGUGGAUCAAUAUAAAAAAGGAGUAUGCAGCAGCUACCAGUAAAUAUCCCAAGGGAAUGCUUGCUAUGUUGGACGGUUUAUCUCUACGUCUCGAAGGCCGUCAUCACAGUGGAAUAGAUGACAGCAAAAAUAUAACUAGAGUUGUGGUUGAGUUACUGAAGAAAGGACAUGUGUUUAAGAUCACUGGACGGAUAUAGUUACCUUCUCAAAUCAUCAUUACACAGAAAAGUCAUGGAUCAUUUACAGAACAGUUUCAUUUUCUAAAUCUCUCACUUAAUUUUAAAUUAUGUUAAAUUCAUCAAUCUUGUCUAUUUUAACAUGUUUUAUUAUAGAGACUAGAAUUGGUAGUCUUAAUUAUUUUCUUUCCAUUUCAUUAAAAAAAAAUUAAAACAUAAAUGAUCAAUCAUGUUACUGUAUGCAGGGUUCCUGUGUGUGAGUGAGUGGAUAACAACUGUAUGUUUGUACAUGCAUGAGAGACAAACAAACUCUAUU